AUGAAUCGGUUCAAAGGAGAAAACUAUGAAUUCUCUGAUAUGUUUAUUAGCGGUGGUCCAUUUGAAAGGAGCAUUUACAAUCAUCUUUCGGACGCGACUAUUCGAACUGAAGACGGGAAAAUUUUUAAUGUUCAUCGAGUGAUUCUGAGCCAAAUCUGCGACUACUUCCUUGCUGCAUUUUCGAGUGAGUUUGGAUAUAAAGCAAACAUAACACUAACAAUAAUUGAUGGGGAAACUUUCAACGAAGUACUAAUCUAUUUGUACACGGGACACGCUUACUUAAAUGCUGAGAAUGUAGGAAACAUAUUGAUGGCGGCUGAUUAUCUCCUUGUGGAAUCCUUGGUCGACGAGUGUUGCCGUUUUGCCAGUAGAAAUAUCACAGUCGGUAACUGUCUCCAACUGUUUGUAAUUGGCAACAGACUGCAAAAAUAUGAAAUCAACGAACAGAGCUUGUGGUUCAUCAGGAUACAUUUCAAAGAUGUCGUAACAGCCUCUGAUAUCCCAAAAUUACCAGUGGACUGCUUAGAGCUAAUUUUGAGAGACAUGUCCCUCAACAUACUAAGCGAAGAGUCUGUUUGGAGAGUUAUCGUGACAUGGGUUGAAGAAGACGACUUCAGAAGAUUUCCGCACCUACCAAAGCUUUUGGCGAGUCUCAGUAUGCAGGAAGUCAGCGAUGAGUUAGCAAACGAUAUAAUGUCUCAUCAUAUAGUUAGGAACAACCCAUUCUGCUCUGCGCUGAAUCUAUCAAAAACCUUUGAACCUCGUCUUAGAGACCAGCAGAAAAUUUCACAUUUCACAAGAAGACAUCAAGCAUUUAACGCAUACAGAUGCCCAUCGAAAAUUCAUUUCAUCGUCGAGUGGAAAUUCCAAAGAGAUGGUAAUAUCGAAUGUUACCUCACGUACAACAAAGAAGUCAAUGUUUGGCGUAAGCUAGGUGAGCUAAAUUUUUUUCCAGAUUCCAUUGUCAGUGUGGGCCACUUCAUCUGCAUGUUCGACACAUGGGAAAAUCAAUGCGGAAUGUUCAAUCUUAUACUCAAUCAGAUGGUGCCAAUGUGGCCUAAUUUUUUAGAACGACACGAGUACAAUGUUGUAUCAGUUCGAGGGCAAAUCUUCAUUUUAGGUGGAAUUAAUAAUGAUUAUUCCUCCUCACGCGUAGUUGAACGUUACGAUCCAGUUGAAAACGAAUGGGAUACCAUAGUCCCUAUUGACGGGAUGACGGCUGUUACAAAAGCAGUUGGCUUGCAGGGGAGAAUAUAUGCGUUUGGCCACAAUAUCACUCCAGAAGGAUUGAUCAUGGUUGCUCAAGUUUACGAUUUAGAUUUCGAAAUUUGGAUGCCCAUAUCUCCGCCAAGAACAUUUCGAAAGCAUUUUGCCAUAGCCGCAACCGAAGGUAAGAUCUUUCUCAUUGGUGGCACCAACGAUGCUAACUUAUUGACCAGCGUCGAGAUUUAUGACACUUUUUUGGACUCGUGGAGCUGCUUGCCAGAUAUGCCAUAUUCUUACAGUCAACCAAAAGCUAUAUUAUUAAAUGGAAAGAUGAUUGUCUAUGAGAAUAUCGACAGACGAUACAAAGUUAUCAACCCUCCGAUCUACUGGAGUUUCCGGAAACGCCACUGGAAAGUAUUCCGUACUUCAUCACCGUACGCUCAGGUAGAAAGAUACAACUUUUGCUCACUGAGCAAUUCUCAUACAGUUCGAGAUGUUGUUCGCCAAAGUAGAACACAAGAACAUGAGUGGGAAAACAGUUCAUUAAUUUAA